CACAUAAAAUGGAUAAGAAAAAACAUGAAAGCCAGAGAGAUGACGACCCAGAACCGUCGCAAUCAGAGGAUCAGCUGACAAUAAGUCCUCCACCUGCCGUUGAUCACGCCCAAGUUGUGUAUCUGCCGGAUGCGAACUUGGGUGAGUCUGUAACGGAGUCUUCAGUGCAAUGCAACAACAUGGAUUUGGAGGCCAACCAAGACGAUAAAGUGGAGCCAAAGUACGUUUCUUUUGAACUGGAUUGUGAGCCCAGCACCAGUCGUAAGGGCACAGCAAACACACAGACUUUGCACGGAGCCUCGGCUACGGAGGAUCCUUACCCAUCGUCAGAGUUAACUCGCAAGGCUGAUAAAUCUGAUGGUACAAGUACGGAAUCCAAGCGAUUGCAGAACAUACUGGAUCUACUUCAUCGCUUCUCGUACAACCUGGACGCUAUUGAGGAACGGCUAACGGAAGAAGCCCGUUCUGCGGUUAUUCUGCAAGUGCCACAGCAAUAUUGCGAACUGGGCACCCAGACCUGUGAGCUCAUCACGCCGCGACGGCUGCGUGUGGAUCUGACCACCCGGAAAACGAAUCCAGCCCGGCAUCAGCCGGAUAGUCGACCCCCCUGCGAACGUAGUUACCACACAAUCACCAUUGCAGGCAACAACAUGCCCCCACGUGUGGCAGUCCAGCGGCAUUCGUUCUGGGCCCGGAUAUGUCGCUCUUUGGGUGAUUUCCUCGCCGCCUUCUGUCUGUGCCUGCAAGUGAACAAGGACUGCAUCUUCUGUCUGGGCUUCUUCGUGGCUUUCGUGGUCAGUGCCAGCUUCCUGACAGCGUUCUUUUAUCGAACGCUCAACUUCAAGCCGUCAGUGGCUCGGGUGACCGCUAUCCCGGUGACUGGAAACCCGCAGUACGAGUUAACCCCUCUGAGGUUCAGUGGCGGCUACUAUUACAUCUACAAUAAAAAUUCACGUAACUUGUCCUAGUA